AUGCCGCCCUGCCUAUCAAUUCCCUCGACCAUUACCUCGAAUCAACUCCCUAUUUCAGAACUUUUUGUUCCCUCACUCGCUAGGCUUACCUCGCUUUACGUCCUAUGGUCUUACUUUAUCUCUUCACCUAAAUCCUUGACCCCAAACGUGAAGGUUCCAACUCUCAAUGAAUACUUCAAGCCUAGCAAUCAGUCCACUGACCUUCCAGAAGCAGGUCGAGACUUUGUUACGGAAUUUCGGAAGAAGAAAGUUGAUGUCUCCUAUGGUCCCCAGACUGGCACAGCUCAAGAUCGCGCAACCAGAUUGGCAAAGGAAGGUAAACCUCAAUAUGGACUCAGCAGUCUGGUAGUCAAUCCGUAUGAUUGUGUUAUCUGA